AUGACUUCUGAGAUAAACAAAACCACAACAACGUACACUGAACGUGCCGUCUUUCUCAUUAAUGCCAUUGAAGAUAGGUUUAGCUCGGCUAUUGCUAAAAAGGGAGAUAAUGUAACUCAACUGGAUCCGCGAAGUGAAAUACACAUUAUAACUGCACUUGCCCAACGACUCAAUGGAUCGCACAGACUUUUGCUUAAAGAAGCUAUAGAUUGCGCCCAACUAUCUACCAUCGAAAAGACAGUAGGCUGGCCCGAAGUUAAAGCUCAAAUCCAAGCUAUUGCUGCUACUUGGGCCCAACAAGAGCUCAACCAACAAUGUCCCUGUGCCACCAGCUGUCCUCUCCAUCUACUAAACCCAAUCAAAGACCUUGAAGAUAGGAUCACUANAAUCGCAAGAACCGCAAAGGAUCCCUCAAAUGCUUUGUUUGUUCCGCACCCGACCACUAUGCCCAGGCCUGUCCUCAAAGUACCACAUCGCCAUCCAACACACCUCAUCCCAAUACCCCAAUUACUCAAUCCCCAGCACCCCAACCCUCCCAGUCUCCAUCCAGCCCUCCACUAUCUCCAUCAUCUCCACCCAAUACUAACUCAUCACAACCUAACACUAACUCAUCACAACCUAACCCAACCCAAUAAAUCAUGA